GUCUUUACUGCCCAGGCUGCGCCUACAAGAGAUGGACCCCUCAGGAGCAGCAGCAGAAGAUGUCAGGAGCCCUGUGGCCACCACGAGUGAUGUCGUUCCCCAAGGAAAGCCUUCCUGCAGCUCUCCCCUCAAACCCGGAGCAGGGCAGACCCCGAGCCGGGAGGAAGAAGCACCCAAGCUCCUGGGGCAGCUGGACUCAGGCCACACAUGUCCACCAGCCCACUCGAGGGUCCCGUCAUCUCCAGCGGGGAAGGAGGGAACUGCGUUGCAGCAGCCACAAAAAGCUCUCUUCCUGAAGAUAAUGAUGAUCAGACAAAGGACUGGGCUUCCUGAUUCUCAGCUGCAGGAGUACCUGACUGGAAGGCUCCGUCUCCUGGAGAAUGACAGCCAACCUGCCGUGGUGGUUUUCAGUGAGUUGUCGGCCAGAUUGUUGUCCAUUCGCAGUGAAGACCACCUCGUCGCAGUAACAUUUUGGACCUUGGAGGAAAUCUGGAAGUUUAUAACUUAUUAUUCUCUUGGUUUUUUAAACCACUGCAUGGAGAAUCUGUUGCUGGAUGACUAUUUCUGGCUCUCCUCACCAGAAGAAGCUGCUGGAAUUGAGGUCCUCCUAGAUGAAGAAUGUCUCAAUGUAGUAUACAGAGGACUCUUAAUUCAAGAAGGUACCCGAGUUUUUACCCACACUUGCGAAACAGUAUUUAAUAUCUGCUGUGCCUCUUCUGGGUUUUGCCCUGCGAACGUCGUCAGCGCAGCCAAUCCAAGAGCUGCGGGCCAGGCAGAGUCGGCAGCUCAGGAGCAAGCCCACGAUGGCCGCGGCACAGACGUCUCGGAGCCCCUGACGCCUUUCCACCAAUGGUUUCUGAAAGCAAACACAGCAUCUGAUGGUUUUGCCAGUAUAACUGCACUUCCAGCUACAGAUGAAGCUGCCACAGGCGUUUCUGUCGCAGUCAUUAGCCAUGAAAGCGUUGUACCGGACGAAAUUACUUUCCAAAAAGGAGAUGAAAUUGAAAUUAUUGGCUAUUUUAUGAAAUGCAUGCCUUGGUUUGUGGGAAGACAUAUCACUACUGGCCAAGUUGGUUUUGUGCCGAGCAGUGCUGUCGAGCCUGAUGGCUUCAUGACCAUUGUCCCAGAACUUCCAUACCUGGAUUUCUUCAAAGAUGAUGAUUCUUCUUUCAUGAAAAAAGAAUCCCUUUUGGAGGAUAACCUGAUGAGGCUCUUGACACAAAUGUCCCAGAACAGCAUUUGCAGCAUCUAUCAAAUAGAUGCACAGGAUGAUGCCGGCCUUCAGAAACCUUGCGAGCCAGGUAAAGGGUGCAAACGUCCCAGGGGGUGGGCACAUCCCCUCUUUUCAGGCAUAAAACAAGGUGGAAAAGGAAGCAUUGGAAAAUCAACGCGGAGGUUGCAAGGCUGUCGUCCUCUAAGGGAAACAAACAUUUAUCUCUGUUUUUGCUUUUUUAGCAUAAGUCUUGCAGCCCUCCCCUUUUUAUGUCUUUCAGAAAUGCCACAUUCCUUCUUUAAUAAAAGGGAUGGUCCAGCCCCAUGCAGAGCGGUGCGGUCACUAAUGAAGAUGAAGGACUUUCAGUCAACGGAGGAUCAGGAAAAGCAGCUCCCCACUUCUGACAGACAGGAACCCUCCAUUUGGCAGGAACUUCGUUUCUGUGUGUGCCAAGACGGUGCUUCUGGGCCAGAAAUUCCUGAUUCGUUAUUGCUGUUUUUGAAUCAGGAAGGCUACAAGGCGGGCUUUGGAAGCCUGUACGACCCUUCGUUUUCCUUUCUCAAGACACUGUUCCGUGGCGAUGCCACUGAAGAAGAGCUGGUGAGUUACUUGGCCCGGGCCCGGGCAGCUGCCAGGCAAGCAGGCCUGGCCCGGGCCAUGAUGCGGCUCUGCUAUCUGCUGGGAAGAAUGAGCGCCCGGAAGUUCAAACUUUCUCAGGCUCGAGUGUAUUUUGAAGAAGCUCUGGCAACUGGACGAGGGGACUUUCAUGACCUCCACCUUAUAGCUACUCUUUAUACCAAUCUAACAGGCAUUUACCUGAAACAGAAGAAUAUGGAAAAAGGGGCUUGCUUUCUGGACAAAACUGCUUCUUUGCUGAUGGGCAUGCCCAAUGACUUGGACAGCACCGAGAUGGCAUUGGAUAUCUUGAAAUACGCUCUGAAAAGGGCUGUGCUCAGCCAGAGCAGCAAUGCAGAAGCCAGAGCCUGUUUCCUGCUGGCAAAGCAUCACCUGAGCUUUAAGCGAGGGGAGGAGGCGCUCCCCUUCCUGGAAAGGCUGCAGCAGCUGCUGAACAAGGGCCGGGGGUUGCUGAGCGGGAGCGCAUCUGUGGACUGCUAUGCAAUGCUGGGCCGGCUCUACAGCCGGCAGUGCCUGCCCCACCUGGCGCUCAGCUGCGCCAAGGUGGCCUCUUCUCGCAGCUCCUGCACUUUGCUGGAGUUGUUCAGAAGCAUCGAUUUAGUGUUAAGAAAUGCUUCCAAGCUCCACAGUCCCACACCUGUGGGACAAACACACCCUUCCCAAAUGGCAUUCUACCUCAGAGAACUGCUUCAUGCACUGGAAGGUAGCAGAGGAGGCCAAAAGCUGCGCAGCGUCGUUUACUAUGAACUUUCUCAGCUACACAGCCGUUAUAAGCAGUAUGAAAAAGCAAUUGGCUACAUGGAAGAAGUUCUAGACCUAAACUCAUGUGCAAGUGCGGAAGACACCGUUAACCACUUCAUUUUCCUCAGCUGGCUCUACAUUCUCCACCAACAGAAUGACGUGGCCCUGCACAUUUUAAAUGCUGUCGCGGAGUCUGCCCGGAGCACCCGCCAGCAGUUAGGUGUCAUCCAUAACAUGGCUGCCAUCAGUCUGAGGCGGAUGAACUGCCCCAGGCAAGCCGCCAAGAGCUAUUUUAAAGCCCUGAGCAUUUCUAGAGAGACUGGAACCAUAGCCAGUGAGGCAGUGGUUUUGGCCAACCUGGGGAUCUUGUGCCUGCAUUCAUCUGCCCAAGGCCUGGGAGAGCAUUUCUUAAUCAAAGCCAUCCAACUCUUCUCCGAACUCCCCAGCAGAGAAUGCGGCGGAAGCUUCAUUGCCAUUCUGCUCAGGCUGGGGUGCCACUACGCCAGCGGGAUUCAUAAGGAUAAAGGGCGGUGCUGUUAUGAAUGGGCCUUCCUGGUGGCAAUGGAGCUUGGUGACGUGGGAGGGCAACUCCAGGCGGUUCAGCAUCUGUGUCAGUUCUACAGCACAGUUGUCCCAGAUCCAGCACAGUGUGUCCUCUACAAUGAGUAUCAGCUCACCUUGGUUAGGAAAAUGUCUGAUAAGGUCACGGAAGGACAGGUGCUGGAAACCAUUAGCCAGCUCUAUCUGUCUUUAGGAACGGAAAGGGCGUGCCGGUCUGCCCUGGACUAUCUCAAGAGAAGCCUCGGGAUAUUCAUCGACCUUCAAGCCAAAGAUAAGGAAGCUCAGGCGUGGCUUCAGGCGGGAAAGAUAUAUUAUACACUGAGGGAGAAUGAAUUAGUUGAUGUUUAUAUCCAGGUUGCUCACAAUGCUGCUUUGGGUACCCAGGAUCCUAAUUUAGAAAUGGAAAUGCUGGAAGCUUCAGGAGACAUAUUUUUCAACGGAGACUGGGAAAAGGAAAGAGCGGCACCCUUUUACAGGGACAAGGCUCUACCGCUUGCUAUGAAAGCCAAAAACAGCAGCACUGAACUUCGUCUCUUCAACAAAUUGGUUGGGCUGUUCUUAACCUUACAGAAGUAUGAUGAGUGUCUGGGAUACGCCCAAACGUCGUUAAUUCUCAGUGUCAAUUUAGGAGAUCAGUUAAGUGAGCGAGUGGCCUAUCACCGCCUGGCGGUCAUCCACCACCACUUGGGGCACUGUGAACUUGCAGAGCACUUCUUCUUAAAAGCACUCUCCCUGUGUCCGUCCCCCCUCGAGUUUGAUGAGGAAGCCCUCUACUAUGUCAAAGUGUACCUUGUCCUGGGAGACAUCACCUUCUACGAUCUGAAGGAUCCUUUUGAUGCUGCAGGGUACUAUAAUCUGGCCCUGGCUGCUGCCAUGGACUUGGGGAACAAGAAGGCACAACUGAAGAUUUAUACAAGACUGGCCAUAAUUUACCACAAUUUCCUUGUUGACCGAGAGAUGUCUCUCUUCUUCUAUCAGAAAGCAAGAGCUUUUGCCACGGAGCUCAACAUUUGCAGGAUAAACCUCUCUCCGGAUCAGGCUCCGAAGGCAAUGUGGGCUUCCAGGAAGAAGGCCCUGUGAGGCGGUCUUGAGGGUAU